AUGGAACUUGUUCUAUUCUUCUUCUUCUCGGUUCUGUUUUUUCUUCAUGUUGCAGAUUCCACAACCAUUGGAUCUUGUGACCAAUGUUAUCGCACCAAGGAAUUUGAUGUUACUGCAUCUAGAAACCGAAAUUAUCGCGAUGAGAAGGAUAUUGAUAUAAUUGCAACCUAUAGCGAUGCUUUCGGUCAUAUUCGGCUGGCUAGGUUGAAAAUGAGGGACUUAUCGGAUUCUUGGGUUUGGGAAAACCCGAGUAAUGCUAACAAUGAACAGCAAAAUUACUCCCAGGGAGGAAUGGAGUCAUUGCCAAGUGAUUCAAAAUUUGAAGACAAUCUCAAGCACUCAGCAGAUGAACAUGAUGCUGAAGAAGGCUUUGCUCGAUUUCCACAUUCCUUACCGAUGACUCCAGUGAAGAUCAAGCGUCGGAUGAUGCGUCUGGAAAGAAGAAAAGCCCGUGCUGCUGAACUUAUUAAGCAAAACAAAGAAACGGACAAUCGCAUUGUAUCAGCAGCAAUUGAACGCUCCAAAGGAUUUGAUACUACUAUCACUGGAAAGUAUAGUAUAUGGAGGAAGGAAUAUGAAAACCCGAAUUCUGAUUCCACUCUUAAACUCAUGCGAGACCAAAUAAUAAUGGCCAAAGCUUAUUCCAAUAUUGCAAAGUCUAAGAACAAAACUGUUCUUUACGAAGCUCUUGUCAAACACUCCCGAGAUAGUAAACUAGCUAUUGGAGAAGCAAAUUCUGACGCCGAGCUUCAGACUGGAGCACUUGAUUGGGCAAAAGCUAUGGGUCACGUUCUUUCUGUAGCAAAGGACCGGCUAUAUGACUGCAUUUUAGUGGCAAGGAAGUUAAGGGCGAUGCUUCAAUCAACCGAAAAUAGAGUGAAUAUGCAGAAGAAAAGAAGUGCAUCCUUGAUUCAACUAGCUGCAAAAACAGUGCCUAGACCAUUGCAUUGUCUUCCCCUGCAACUCGCAGCUGAUUAUUACCUACAGGGAUAUCAUAAGAAAGGAAACCUUGGCAUGGAAAAGAUUGAAGACCCAUCUCUUUACCACUAUGCUAUCUUUUCUGAUAAUGUACUGGCUGCAUCUGUGGUUGUUAAUUCUACUGUGCAAAAUGCAAACGACCCUGAGAAGCAUGUAUUCCAUGUAGUAACUGACAAAUUAAAUUUUCCGUCAAUGAGAAUGUGGUUUCUCAUCAACCCUCCUUCUAAAGCAACCAUUGAAGUUCAGAAUAUUGAUGAUUUCAAGUGGCUGAAUUCCUCGUAUUGUUCUGUUUUACGUCAACUUGAAUCAGCAAGAAUCAAGGAGUAUUACUUUAAAGCCAAUCAUCCUUCCUCUCUCUCUGCUGGUUCUGACAAUCUAAAGUAUAGAAAUCCCAAAUAUUUGUCAAUGCUGAAUCACUUAAGGUAUGGUGAUCGUCCCGAUGCAUGUGGUUGGGCAUUUGGCAUGAAUGUCUUUGACUUGAAGGAGUGGAAGAAGCGAAACAUUACCGGAAUCUAUCAUCGGUGGCAAGAUUUGAAUGAGGACAGAACCCUCUGGAAGCUCGGAACCUUACCCCCAGGCUUAAUCACCUUUUAUAAACUGAACUAUCCACUAGAUCGGGGUUGGCAUGUUUUGGGACUUGGCUAUGAUCCAGCUCUGAACUUAACGGAGAUAGAGAAUGCCGCUGUCGUUCACUAUAACGGAAACUACAAGCCAUGGUUAAAUCUUGCUGUUUCCAAGUAUAAAUCGUUCUGGUCCAAAUAUGUUAUGUUUGACAAUCCAUAUCUUCAAGUUUGCAACCUCAGUGAAUAG